AUGAUUCCAAUUUUCUUCCUGGCAACUCUUUGCUUGGGGAUAAUCACAGCUGCUCCAACACGUGACUCCAGUUUGGAUGCUGAAUGGCAUGAAUGGAAGACAAGUCAUGGGAAAACAUACAGCAUGAGUGAGGAAGGACAGAAGAGAGCCGUGUGGGAGAGCAACAGGAAGAUGAUCGAGCUGCACAACAAGGAGUAUGUGAGCGGGAAGCACGGCUUCAGCUUGGAGAUGAACGCCUUUGGGGACCUGACCAACACAGAGUUCAGGGCAUUGAUGACUGGCUUUCAAAGCCUGGGACCCCAGGAGAUGAGCGUCUUCCAGGAGCCUUUGCUGGGUGAUGUCCCCAAGUCUGUGGAUUGGAGACAGCAUGGCUAUGUGACUCCUGUGAAAAACCAGGGCAAGUGUGGUGCUUGUUGGGCUUUUAGUGCAGUUGGUUCCCUAGAAGGACAAAUGUUCCGGAAAACAGGCAACCUGACCCCUCUGAGUGAACAGAACCUAAUGGACUGCUCCUGGUCAUAUGGCAACCUAGGCUGUGAUGGUGGCUUGAUGGGGCCUGCCUUCCAGUAUAUAUUGGAAAACAGAGGCCUGGACACAGGGGCGUCCUAUGCCUAUGAAGCACGGAAUGGACCCUGCAGGUAUGAUUCUAAAUAUUCUGCAGCUAAUGUCACAGGCUUUGUGAAAGUCCCAUUGAGUGAAGAUGCCCUGAUGAAGGCUGUGGCCACUGUGGGGCCCAUCUCAGUUGGAAUCGACACUCAUCACCACUCCUUCAGGUUCUACAAAGGCGGCAUGUACUAUGAGCCAGACUGUAGCAGCAGUAACCUGGACCAUGCUGUGCUGGUGGUCGGCUAUGGUGAAGAAUCCGAUGGCAGGAAAUACUGGCUGGUCAAGAACAGCUGGGGUGAAAAGUGGGGCAUAGGUGGUUAUAUAAAGAUGGCCAAAGACCGGAACAACAACUGUGGAAUUGCUACAUACGCCAUCUACCCCACUGUGUGA